CCUUGCCCACCCUGAGGAAUGAGCGCUUUCCAGGCAGACCUCCUCCUCCUCCUCCUCGGGUGCUUCCUGCUCAGCCACGAACUGGGGCUCCCAGGAAGAGGAUGCUGCCUGGUACUGGGGUUCAUGUACAAGGAGAAGUACCGCAGGAUGACUGAAGGCCAAGCCUCCUCCUUCACCCAGCAGCCCCAGGACCAGGUGGUGAUCGCGGGGCAGGCAGUGACCCUGCCCUGUGCCAUCCCUGAGUACAAUGGCAUCGUCCUCUGGAUCAAAGAUGGGCUGGCCCUCGGGGUCGGAAGGGACCUCUCAAGUUACCCACGUUACCUGGUCGUAGGGGACCAUCUCUCUGGAGAGCAUCACCUGAAAAUCCUGAGAGCUGAUCUCCAAGAUGAUGCUGUCUAUGAGUGCCAGGCCAUCCAAGCUGCCAUCCGCUCCAGACCUGCCCGCCUGACCGUGCUGGUUCCUCCAGAUGACCCUGUCAUUUUGGGAGGACCUGUCAUCAGCAUGAGAGCAGGGGACCCCCUCAACCUGACCUGCCAUGCAGACAAUGCCAAGCCAGCAGCUUCCAUCCUCUGGCUGAGGAAAGGAGAAGUCAUCAACGGAGCCACCUACUCCAAGACCCUGCUCCGUGAUGGGAAGAGGGAGAGCAUCAUGAGCACCCUUUUCAUCUCCCCCUCUGACAUCGAAAACGGGGAGAGCAUCGUCUGCCGUGCCACCAACAAAGCCAUCCCCAGUGGCAAGGAGACCUCUGUCACCAUCGAUAUCCAACACCCACCCCUGGUGAACUUGUCCGUGGAGCCACAGCCUGUCCUGGAGGAUAACACUGUGAAAUUCCACUGCUCUGCCAAGGCCAACCCAGCUGUCACCCAGUACAGGUGGGCAAAAAAAGGCCAGGUUAUAAAGGAAGCAUCUGGUGACUUCUAUGAAACCAUUGUGGACCACACCUUCUUCUCUGAGCCCGUCUCCUGCGAGGUCACCAACGCCCUGGGCAGCACAAACAUCAGCAGGACCGUGGAUGUCUACUUUGGGCCCAGGAUGGCCACAGAACCUCAGUCCCUCCUCGUUGACCUGGGCUCUGAUGCCAUCUUCAACUGUGCCUGGACUGGGAACCCAUCUCUCACCAUCGUCUGGAUGAAGAGAGGCUCAGGAGUGGUUCUGAGCAAUGAGAACAAGCUGACCCUCAAGUCCGUCCGCCAGGAAGACGCCGGGAAAUACGUGUGCAGGGCGGUGGUGCCGCGGGUGGGCGCGGGGGAGCGGGAGGUGACCCUCACCGUGAACGGGCCACCCAUCAUCUCCAGCACCCAGACCCAGCACGCCCUCCAUGGGCAGAAGGGGCAGAUCAAAUGCUUCAUCCGCAGCACCCCCCCACCAGACAGAAUUGCUUGGUCCUGGAAGGAGAACGUCCUGGAGUCGGGGACCUCCGGCCGGUACACAGUGGAGACGGUGAGCACGGAUGAAGGUGUCAUCUCCACCCUGACCAUCAGCAACAUUGUCCGGGCUGAUUUCCAAACCAUUUACAACUGCACUGCCUGGAACAGCUUCGGCUCUGACACGGAGAUCAUCCGGCUCAAAGAGCAAGGUACGGAAAUGAAAUCAGGAGCUGGUAUUCAAGCAGAGUCGGUGCCCAUGGCAGUGAUCAUCGGGGUGGCCGUGGGGGCUGGGGUGGCAUUCCUGGUGCUGAUGGCCACCAUCGUCGCCUUCUGCUGCGCCCGCUCUCAGAGGAAUCUCAAAGGGGUGGUUUCUGCCAAGAAUGAUAUCCGGGUGGAGAUUGUGCACAAGGAGCCAGCCUCAGGCAGGGAGGCUGAGGAGCACCCCACCAUCAAGCAGCUGAUGAUGGACCGGGGGGAAUUCCAGCAGGACUCGGUGCUGAAGCAGCUGGUGCUCAAGGAGGAGGAGAAGGAGUUUCAGAACCUGAAGGACCCCACCAACGGCUACUACAGCGUGAACACCUUCAAGGAGCAUCACUCCACGCCCACCAUCUCGCUGUCGGGCUGUCCCGCCGACCUCCGCCCCACGGGCAAGCAGCGGGUGCCCACGGGGAUGUCCUUCACCAACAUCUACAGCACCCUGAGCGGGCAGAGCCGCCUCUACGACUACAGCCAGCGGUUCGUGCUGGGCAUGGGCAGCAGCUCCAUCGAGCUCUGCGAGCGGGAGUUCCAGCGCGGGUCCCUCAGCGACAGCAGCUCCUUCCUCGACACGCAGUGUGACAGCAGCAUCAGCAGCAGCGGCAAGCAGGACACCUACGUCCAGUUCGACAAAGCCAGCAAAGCCUCCGCCUCCUCCUCCCACCACUCCCAAUCUUCCUCCCAGAACUCGGACCCCAGCCGCCCCCUCCAGAGGAGGAUGCAGACGCACGUUUGA